UGUAUAGUUUGUUUAUAUCUUGUCUUUAACAGUCGCGUUAUCCUUCUGAAUGGGACCCUCCUGGACCCUCCUGGACCCUCCUGGACCCUCCCGGGGCCUCCCGGAGCCUCCCGGGGCGUCCCGGACCCUCCCGGGGCCUCCCGGAGCCUCCCGGAGCGUCCCGGACCCUCCCGGGACCUCCUACCUCCUGGAUCUGGUCGUCGCGCCUCUGUGACGCUUUUCUUCUGAAAUGGAAACCCGCACCUCCUCCAGCGGUGUUGUCCCGCAGCUGAAGCCCCCCCCGCCCCCCCCGGGGGCGUUUCUUCUUCUCUUCUUAAACUGCAGACACAGGGGGGCUCGGUCACUCUGCAGGGGGAACUGGACUGAACCCGCCUCAGGACCCGGACCGAGCCGGGAGGAAGCAGCGGAGCCGGACCGAACUGUCCUGUGUGAAGUCGACCUCGCAGUCAUGAGUCUGAGCGCCAAUGACCUCACCGAGCUCAUGGAGCUGUGGGAGGAGCUAAACCUGACCGCCGCCGACCACCACAACCUGUCCCACGUGGAGACUCUGCUGUGUUCGGGCGCCGUCAGCCACGCCGCCCUCCUCCACGUCCUUUCCGUCCUCUACGUCUUCAUCUUCCUGGCGGGCCUCGCCGGCAACGUCCUGGUGGUCUGGGUCAACCUGCGAGCCGACUGGAACCGCUACGAGACGCACCUGUACGUCCUGAACCUGUCCGUGGCCGACCUGUGCGUCGUGGCCACGCUGCCGGUGUGGGUGACCUCGCUGCUGCAGGGCGGUCGCUGGCCGUUCGGAGAGGCCGUCUGUAAACUCACCCACCUGGUCUUCAGCGUCAACCUCUUCAGCAGCAUCUUCUUCCUCACCUGCAUGAGCGUCGACCGCUACCUGUCCGUCACGCUGUUUGCCAACGCCCCCGACAGCCGCAGGAAGAAGGUGGUGCGACGGCUGAUCUGCAUCCUGGUUUGGCUGCUGGCGCUGGCGGCCUCCGUCCCCGACACCUACUUCCUGCAGGCGGUCAAGUCUUCGCGCCACGACGGCGCCGUGUGUCAGCCGGUGUACCCGUCCGCCAACCCUCGGGACUGGAUGGUGGGCGUCCAGCUGAGCUUCUUCGUGCUCGGCUUCGCCAUCCCUUUCCCCGUCAUCGCCGUCUUCUACCUGCUCCUGGCGGCGGCGAUCCCUCCCGGCUCGGACCAGGAGCGGCGCAUCAGCCGGCGGAUCAUCCUCACCUACAUCGUGGUCUUCCUGGUCUGCUGGCUGCCGUUCCACGCCGCCCUCCUGCUGGACACGCUGGCGCUGCUCAACGUCCUGCCCUUCAGCUGCCGGCUGGAGAACUUCCUGGACGUGGCGCUGCACCUGACGCAGUGCUUCUCGCUGGUCCACUGCUGCAUCAACCCCGUCCUGUACAACUUCCUGAACAGGAACUACCGCUAUGACCUCAUGAAGGCCUUCAUCUUCAAGUACUCCACCAAGACGGGGCUCGCCAGGCUCAUCGACGGCUCGCACGCCUCCGAGACCGAGUACUCGGCGGUGGCAAUGGACAGCAGCGUCCCGAACGCUUCAGGACUUAAUGCUUCACCUAGUUGCUCCUAGAAGCAGCGAAGCCGCCCAGCAGCUCGCUCAGCACGCUUAACCCUGCCUUGCGUGGCAGGUGAACUUUUCUUAGUACUUAAACACUUCUUCUACCUGCGCCUGGCAGCUGCGAUCCUCGUCAGCUGGGACCUUGAUGGUCCUGGUCGACUGACCGGAGACUUCGGUCGCAGCGUCGGACCGCCCGGGUGCGACCCUGAACCCUCGGGCCUCUCGGACUCUCAGAACCUUCUGUUUCAUCGGCGGAUUUCUGCGAUGCGGAUCGUUGAGGCUCCGCGGACAUAAAAAGUGUAAACCGAUCCCGCAAAAACACACUUCACUGAGUCACCGCCACACGAAACCGCAGAAGAAGACAAACACGGCGCCGCAGAAGAAGAAACGAGGAAACGAACCUGUAAACAUGUCUGAUUUCAUAUUCUGUGAAUAUUUCAGUCGCUGUUCACUUCGUGUUUGUGUAAAACGUUUCUGUAACGUUUCUGUAACGUUUCUGUUUUAGUUUCUGUAACGUUUCUGUAACGCUUCUGUUUUAGUUUCUGUAACGUUUCUGUAACGCUUCUGUAACGUUUCUAUAACGUUUCUGUUUUAGUUUCUGUAACGUUUCUGUAACGCUUCUGUAACGUUUCUAUAACGUUUCUGUUUUAGUUUCUGUAACGUUUCUGUAGCAUUUCUGUAACGUUUCUGUAGCGUUUCUGUAACGUUUCUGUAACGCUUCUGUAGCGUUUCUGUAACGCUUCUGUAACGCUUCUGUAACGUUUCUGUAGCGUUUCUGUAACGUUUCUGUAACGUUUCUGUAGCGCUUCUGUAACGCUUCAGUAACGCUUCUGGAACGUUUCUGUAGCGUUUCUAGAACGUUUCUAGAACGUUUCUGUAACGUUUCUGUAACGCUCUGUUUUAGUUUCUGUAACGUUUCUGUAGCGUUUCUGUAACGUUUUAGUAACGCUUCUGUAACGCUUCUGUAACGUUUCUAGAAUGUUUCUGUAACGCUUCUGUAACGCUUCUGUAACGUUUCAGUAACGCUUCUGUAACGUUUCUGUAACGUUUCUAGAACGUUUCUGUAAACGUUUCUGUAACGCUUCUGUAACGUUUCUAGAACGUUUCUAGAACGUUUCUAGAACGUUUCUGUAACGCUCUGCUUUAGUUUCUGUAACGUUUCAGUAACGCUUCUGUAACGUUUCUGUAACGUUUCUAGAACGUUUCUGUAACGUUUCUGUAACGCUUCUGUAACGCUUCUAGAACGUUUCUAGAACGUUUCUAGAACGUUUCUGUAACGCUCUGUUUUAGUUUCUGUAACGUUUCUGUAACGCUCUAACGUUUCUGUUUUAGUUUCUGUAACGUUUCAGUAACGUUUCUGUAACGCUUCUGUAACGCUCUGUUUUAGUUUCUGUAACGUUUCUGUAACGCUUCUGUAACGUUUCUAGAACGUUUCUGUAACGUUUCUAGAACGUUUCUAGAACGUUUCUGUAACGCUCUGUUUUAGUUUCUGUAACGUUUCUGUAACGCUUCUGUAACGCUCUGUUUUAGUUUCUGUAACGCUUCUGUAACGCUCUGUUUUAGUUUCUGUAACGCUUCUGUAACGUUUCUGUAACGUUUCUGUUUUAGUUUCUCUGGAAACAAAACUGCAACUAAAGUUUAAAACUGCAUUAAAUAUUUUAAUGUAAAGAGUUUUUAAUUCAGCUGAACACAAAAAUAUCAAAUUAAUCCACAGAAACAAUUCAACGCAUAUGAAGAAAAAAUUAAAUAAAAUAAAAUAAAAUUAUAUUUUCUCUCAA